UUUGCAAGAAGGUAAGAAGUAAAUAUUCAAUUGCAAACACCCCAUACAUUUAGAGGUUAAUUUGAUUGGUUAAAAAAAAGUUAAAGAGUAUUAUUUUAUGUAUUAUUCUAACUAGAUUGGUUUUACCCAAAGAGUUAUACCUUUUACAGUAUCAAUUAAUAUUAGAUCUGUAAUUUUUCCAAUUGCAAACCUCUUUUGAAAAAAAGAAAGAAAGAAAGAAAGAAUAUACUUUCAUUACACAGAUUCUUCUUUUUUUAGAACAGCAUUUGUUAUUCAUCUAACUUACACCGAUUCUUCUAAUAAUAUGUGGACAACUUUGAUUCUUAGAUGAUGUCAAACUAGUUUUAUAAUGAAAAAAGAAUUCACAGUACCAUUGUAUAUAUACGAAAAUCCAUCAUCCUCUCCUUUUCAUCAAACUUUCUGCACACAAGAAAUAUCCUUGAGAUACAGAAGAAAGAAAGAAAGGAAAAUGCUGGCAGUAUCCCCUUCUUUGUUUUCACCAACCUAUGGAUGGCCAUUGGAGGAUCUCUUUGCCCAAAAUCUUCAACAUGAUUUCCAUGAUAUUUCUAGAGAAGUUGAAACAAAUUCAUAUCAUUCCCUUCUUGAUAUUCGUAGAGAUGAUCAAAACCAGUAUGAUUUUGCACCAGAAAAUUCCAUUUCUUCACAAGGAGGUGUAAAUUGCAGUAUUCGUGAUCCUAUGAAGGUCACCAAAAAGCUCAACCAUAAUGCAAAUGAAAGAGAUCGUCGUCAGAAGAUUAAUAACUUGUAUGCAUUUCUUCGUUCAGUGCUCCCCAUGUCAAGUGAUCAAAAGAAAAAGGUGAGCAUCCCUGGCACUGUAUCAUGUGCGCUGAAAUACUUACCUAAACUACAAACGGAAGUGGAGGCAUUGAGAAGAAAAAAAGACAAGCUUUUGUCUUGUUCCUCAUCUACCAAUCUUAUUCGAGGAGAUCAUCUACAGAUCAAAAACCAAUGUCCUAAAGAAGCUACAAUUCAAAAAAUAUGUUCAGUGGUUGUGUCUGUGUGUGUCCUUGAUGAGAAAGAAGUUGUGAUCCAGUUGAUUUCUUCAAAUGUUCAUAUGAAUAAGAACACUGGGAUUGCCUUCUUGUCUAUGGUUUUGGAAUACUUAGAGGAGGAAGAAGAUGGGAUUUUUAUGCUAAAUGCAACUACCUCCAAGUGUCUUGGAGAAGAAAGGUUCUUAAACACUCUUUACCUUCAGGUGCAAAGCGAUCUUCAAAUAGAAGCUGAAAAGUUGAAGGAGAAGAUCUGCUCUCUCUACCAACAAUCACGUGAAGUUUUACUCUAACUAUCAUGUGUACGUUGCAAAAAUAUCUAACCAGAAAUUCGAAGCCUGCAGUUAUUUGUAACUUAAUCUGUGGUCAAGAAGACACUAAGAGUGUAAUGUUAUUCAUGUAGAUACUAGUAUCAAUGAGGAAUGAUAGAUAGCAAGAACUUUUGUUACUUGAAUUGUUUUGUAAACAGCAUGCAGAACGUCGGUGAUCCAUAAGCAAAUAUUAUGGAUAAGCGCGAUCUGAAUCAUAUAUCUGCAUAAUGAUUGAGACUUCAAAGUGGAUUUCACUCUAAUGGUUGAAACAUGAUUUUUUCAAAAGAAAUUAUUUUUUAUCUUUAGACAGUAUCAUUUUUUAGAGAAAUGAAGGACAAGAGUGGAAUUGUGGAAACGUUUAGGGGAUUUAAUUGAGUUUUUUUGGAUAAACAGAACAAACUCUCCUUAAUUAUGUUAUUUUAUAUGGUUGUUUUCCAAAAAUUAAUAUUGUACGUGCAAAAAAUGCACAUAUGGCAGAUUUCA